GGUGUCAUACGGUCUACUGAGUCUUACUGACCUAACCGCGCACCAUGUUUUCCUCGCCGCCCUCGCCGUCUGUGUUGGUGCCGGUGCUGUUGCUGCUCGCUGGGGGCGUCCCCGGAUCUACAUUGGUUCCGGAAUGUUCUCAUACUGACAUAAAUCUGAUCGAGGGAGACGUGACGGUCUCUCAGUUACAAGCAUUAGGAAAAGACAGAGUAUCGACAACUCUGUACAUGCAUCCUGAGGCAGACUUCCAGGGUGUAAGUCUCUGGACGCAGGUCAGGCGGAGAAUCGGUGUGUGGUUCCCCCUGGCGAGAGAGUGUUUCUGGCAGAAGGCAGAGUGGUGGGAGAUAAAAGUUGAAAUGUUUACAAGCAUUAGAUUGAGUGGAGUCAACACCCCUGGCCUGUACUUCAGUCUUGGAGUGGGUGACUGUAACUUCAUGUGCCAGAUUAAAAGGAUUGACCCCUCCCCAUCGCUCGUGUACCUCAACGUCUCGGCUCACGGCCCGUCACGCUGGAGGCACCCCCCCACAAACUAUUACUGUGCCACGGUGGGAAUCGCCCAAGGAGUGUCAAUCACCCUGAAAGAUUGCCAAGACCCGCCAGCCCCCAGGCCUCCCAAACUGGGCUACACCACGACCACGACGACCACAGUACCGCCGAAAAGGGACAGUAUUCCCAGCAACAGGGAUCCCAUUACCUCCAAGCCCACUACCUCCAAGCCCACUACUUCCGAGCCCACUACCUCCAAGCCCACUACCUCCAAGCCCACUAUCUCCAAGCCCACUACCUCCAAGCCCACUACAAGCUACGCAGCCGCAAAAAGCCUCCCCGUGGUGGCGGUUGUGCUGAUCGUCGGCGCGGUGGUGGUGGUGGUGGUGGUGAUGGCGGUGCGGGUGGCGGUCCUCCUACACGAACGGGCACGGACAGCAGAGUCAGACACCACAAGGCUGCAACAAGAAACUUCAAGUCGUCCCACAAGACAGAGGCAACAACAACCACGACCACAACGACAACAACAACAACACCCAAUACAACCACGACCACAACGACAACAACAACAACAACGCCCAAUACAACCACGACCACAACGACAACAACAACAACAACGCCCAAUACAACCACGACCACAACGACAACAACAACAACAACGCCCAAUACAACCACGACCACAACGACAACAACAACAACAACGCCCAAUACAACCACGACCACAACAACAACAACAACAACAACGCACAAUGCAACCACUACCACAGCAGCAGCCACAGACACGUCCAGGAGAGGCACACAUCUAUGAAUGCAUCGACGACCUUUACAUUGACGUUAUCUGAGGGAGAUAAAGAGCAGCGCGAGAGGCCAGAAGGAGAACUAGCUAAUGGAACUCUAUUUAAUUAAAGGCCUCGUUGUCAGGGAAGAGCGCACAGCAAGAGGCGGUGCCGCCCUGCCAGAUGCCGCCACCUGCCCAAGCAAUGGUCGAGAGGAGGUGCGUGAGGCACGGGAGAAAUAUGUAGUUUACAUGUUUAUGUAAUUUUCCACUCAAACACUUUUCUAUCCUGUGUUCAAUCCAAAGUGCAGUCUUUAUCACGCUACUCCCGACUUUUGGCAACAACUACGGAAGGCUCCUCUUAUCUACACAAUUUUCUGGCACUAGUGUCACGGAAUGUUCUCUACACGAAGGGUUACGGAAGUAGCCAACUCUCAAAGCAGAAGAGCGUACGAGUGUUAGCGUGGGAAGUGGGAGUUCUAGAAAUAUAUUUUUCUUCGGGGAAAGAGCUCUUCCCUGGAAAUAGAUCGAAUAUGUCAUUAUGGAAACAGGUGUUUCACCCAAAGAAGAACGCUAUCGUAGGGAAGCUUGACCUGACGCCUCCGGCGUCCCUUUGAGACGGGGAUCUCCGAUUUACGCUGCUCCUGACAGCAACAGAGGUAGUCAAGCACUCACCCCCUUCAGGAAAGACACGCUCAGUCCUCGGCCGACCGGCUACACAGCACCACAUAGGGCCACCCAGAGAAGUGGUGGCAACGGGAUCACUAAUAAGACUAAAGAUGAAACAUCAAGUUCAAAUGUAGCAAAUACUUCGUUGGAGGUAAUAAUAUGUAUAUACUCAAUUAUUGUAUAUUUAUGAUCCAUGGCUUCCACGUGAGUGGCCACUGCUUCUUUACGAGUGGUGGCUGUGGACAGCAUCACCGUUGCCAUGGAGACAUACGCGAGGGGCUCAAGCGGCGAGAAGGCGAACUGGUAGCCAAUACGGUCUGUUGAUAAACUAUUGUGAAUUUGCAGAGAAAGUCUCACUUUCAGUUCCUGGUCUGCUUAUGUGCCUGCUUUCCCGCUUGUGAUGACUUGCCGUUGUCGUCUUACGCGUGUUGUGGCGACACACUCACGGUGUACUCAGAGAAGUUUCUAUCAGGCCGUGCCCAUGUGUGUACUUUUCCUGGGCGGAUGUGUUGUUGUAAUCGCUAGAUUGUGGAUUUGCAGAAUAAGUUUCAACUCCAAUUUAUUGCCUGCUUAUGUGUCUGCUUUCCCGCUUUGUGACGAACUGUCAUUGUUAUCUUACAUGUUAUGACGACGCUUGUGAAUUAUGUUCUUUUUUGUUUACAUGUCAUGGCCAUGUGUAUAUCCUUAUCAGCUCCCACAGUAAUACAAUGAACCAAAUAUAUCAUUAUGUACUUUCUCUUUAGGUCACCUGCAUCCUGUAUUGUGCGUGUGCGACAUUGUAAUUAUUGUGCUUGAGUGAAAUUGCCUUUGUUACAGUAUAUUUUAUUCCUUAUGAUGUAUCACUCUGAAUAGACUAAGAGAACUUAGCAAGGUGUGGCCGAGCGAUGUUUUAUAGGAAAGCACCUGUUUCCUCCAGGGAAAUUCUUCCCUGGGAAACGCAUCACAUGUCAUUAAGGAGGCAGGUGUUUCAUUCAGGAAAGAACUCUCUCCGUGAAAGCUUGAUCUGACGCUUCCGGCAUCCCUUAGACACGGGCGGUUCAUCUCCGAUCUACGCUGUUCCUGACAGCAGCGGAAUUAGUCCAGCACUCACCCCUUCAAGAGAGGACACGCUCAGGCCUCGGAGGUUAGCCUGACAAAAACCAUGGCCUAGGGCAACACACCUGUAAUUGUACUAAUAUACCUUGACAAAAACA